AGAGUUUGAUUUUGACAGAAUCGAUGGAAGAUAUUGAUUGUUAGAGAUGUUUGUUGGUUUGUUGAGCAGAUUACAAUGCAUAUUCUUGGGCUGGAAACGAAGACAUGGAGGAUGAUACGCCAACCCCAACCCCAACUCAAACUCCAACUCCAACACCAACACCAACACCGACUUUGAGCUCAACAUCAGAGGCUGCAAGUAGACAUGUAGUGGUCGUCAUGGAUGGAAUGGAAGAGUUCACAACGGACCCACUUAAGUGGGCAUUGGACAACGUCAUUAAGCCUGGUUGCAUCGUUACUCUUGUUGGUGCAAUGCCGUGGCUCAAUAUUCCUCUUUCAUCAAAAACUUGGUUGGAUAUUUGGCCAAUAAAUUUGGAGGAGAUGUCCUUUGAGGGAGUGGAAAGAGAGUAUAUUAGUGAAGCCAAAUAUGCAAAACUUGAAGCUGUGGUAUCACUCUGUAGGAAAUAUGGGGUUGUGCCACAAAAGAAAGUAGUAAUGGGUCAUCCACUUAGAUUGCUUAUUGUUGAGCAAAUCUCAAGCCUUCAUGCAACAUGGGUUGUAUUUGAUAAGCAUCAAAGAGGUAAUAGAGCGUUUUAUGCCAAGAAAAUAAAAUCAAAUAUGGUGAUGCUUAGAGAAGAUGGAAGUGUUGAUAUGAUCAAUAGAGAGCCUGAAUUCCCAAGUGGUUCCACUUUAGAUUCAAGACAAUCUUUUUAUUCAUAAAUUAGUUAAAAUUUAAUCCUUUUUUCUAAUUGUUUUUAAACUAAUAAAAGUUUGAGUAUCGAACCUUUUGUUUUUGUUUUAAUUUGUACUGCACUUUUAUUUGGUUCAUAGGUCUUUUCAAAAUAUUAUUUGAUUCCUAUAUACGUUUAAUGUUAUUAAUGGAAUCUUAUCUCAUAUCAUGCUUGUUAGUGAUC